UAAGCAAAAUGACACAAAACCACGAAUAACUUGGCUUAAAACAUAUGCAAACAACUUGCUGUAAUGGUAAAGUACAUUAAAAAGAAACUGACAGCUGCGGCAUGUUUAAGAAAAUGCGAAAAAUGCUGCCACCACUGCGUCCGCUGCAUUGGCUACUAAUUGUUGUCAUUUGCAUUGUCACCUGUUAUUGGCUACUGGGCGUACAUCUAGAGCAAGCUUUUAAGCCGCUCACCAAAAUUGCAGUCAGUAGCAGCAGUUCAUUACAAAGCGAAUAUUCGGUGCCGGCAGAUGCAUCGGUUCGUGUGGCUCCUACUCUGGAUAAUUUUGACUAUGAGGAACAAUUGGUAGUGUUAUAUAAUCGUGUGCCAAAAACUGGCUCAACUAGUUUUGUAAACAUUGCAUACGAUCUCUGCAAGCUAAACAAAUUUCAUGUGUUGCAUAUUAAUGUGACGGCCAACAUGCAUGUGCUAUCACUGCCGAAUCAGGUAAUGCUGGCGCGCAAUAUAACCAAAUGGCAUAAAAUGAAGCCGGCUCUUUAUCAUGGGCAUAUGGCAUUUUUGGACUUUUCCAAAUUCCAAAUAGCACACAAACCCAUCUACAUAAAUCUAGUGCGCAAGCCUUUAGACAGACUUGUCUCUUAUUAUUACUUCUUACGCUAUGGCGACAAUUACCGACCGAAUUUAGUGCGCAAAAAGGCGGGCAAUAAAAUCACAUUCGAUGAGUGCGUUGUACAGAAGCAACCAGACUGUGAUCCCAAAAACAUGUGGCUCCAAAUACCAUUCUUUUGUGGUCACGCUGCCGAGUGCUGGGAACCCGGCAACGAUUGGGCAUUGAAGCAGGCAAAACUUAAUUUGGUGAAUGAAUACUUUCUAGUCGGCGUGACCGAGCAAAUGUACGAAUUUGUUGAUUUGCUAGAACGAUCAUUACCCAGAAUCUUCCAUGGCUUUCGUGAGCACUAUCAAAACUCAAAUAAAUCUCAUUUACGUGUAACUUCAUCAAAGCUACCGCCUAGCGAAUCAACCAUACAGACUAUUCAGCGUUCUAAGAUUUGGCAAAUGGAAAACGAUCUAUACGAAUUUGCCUUGGCACAAUUUGAAUUUACUAAGAAGAAAUUAAUGCAACCAGAUAAUAAGCAUUUGCAACAUUUUAUGUAUGAGAAAAUUAGGCCUAAAUGAAAGCGCCGCAAAUGCAGACGCAACAAGUGCAGUGCUUAACAGUUGAUUCGUAUUUUGUGUUCACUUUUAUAUAUACCUCCUCUGUACUUAAAAACCAAGCAAACCCUACUUGUGAAAGACACUAAAGACUUUAGCAUUGAAUAUCGUUGACAUAUUAAAUGAAUUUUUUCGUAGUUAGCCUAAGUUCCCAUAUACUUUGUGUAACACUUGACGCUUUCUUAGUGGUACGUAAGCAAUAUCUAGCAACAAUUAUUACAGCCUAACAAUGCACAAGGUAAUUUACCUAAACGUUUAGUGAAUUGUAAUCUUUUAUAUGUAUCUAUAUAUGACAAUACCUAAGUAAUUUGGCAGAUUGAUCCAUGCCAAAUCAAUAGUACUUAAGCAAACUAUAAAUAUAAGCGGAAUGAUAUUAUAGAAACUCUCAAAUGUAUAUCAGCUAUUAAGCCAUUGUAAACGAGGUACUCAACAGAAA